AUGUCGCCGUUGCCAGGUCCAAAGCCCAGCAGCUGGCGGACUCGCACUCGCGCCAUCAUCCACCGCCACGGCAGCAUCGCCCUCAUGCUCCUCGCACAGCUCACCUCCGCCAUCCUAGCUACCAUCGGCCGCGUCCUGCGCACAGGUCAUGCCGCCGACGACAGUGCGAUGGGCACCUCUGAAGUAACUCCCCCUUCCCUCCAUGUCCAGAUCUCUCCACCACACAAGACUAACACCGCAAUGUAUAUAGAUCCUCCUCACCAUGAUGCUCACCACCUCCCUCCUCUCCUGGCCCGCAACCUACCUCUGCCACCUGCCCUCCCUCCCCUCGGCCCUCCCGCUACCCGCCCCCUCCUCGCCCUCCGCGGAAUAGCAGGCUUCACCGGCAUCUGGGGCUUCUACUACUCCCUGCGAUACCUCGCGCUAGCCGAAGCAUCCAUCAUCAACUUCCUCGCGCCUAUCCUCGCCGUCCUCCUGCUCGGCCUGUUCCCCGGCGCGGGGCUCUCCAUCGCGCAGGUCCUCGCCGGGCUGAUAUCCAUGGGCGGCGUCGUGUGCGUUUUGCAGCCGUGGAGCACCCCCGUCGCGUACACGGGCAGGGAACAAGCGCUGGCUAUAGGCGCGGCGUUCGUGGGUGUAGCGGGGGGAGCAGUCUCGUAUGUAGCGAUGGCGAGGCUGGGCAACAGCGUGCACCCGAUACUAACAGUGGCGUACUUCUCUACGUUCUGCGUCGUGCUCAGCGGGCUAUCGCUCAUCCUACAAUGGGAGGCGCUCCGGCUGCCGACCACGGCGUUGCAGUGGGGUCUCGCGCUCGUGCUCGGCGUGCUGGGCUUUGCGAUGCAUGUGUUGCUGACGGCGAGCUUGACGUGGGAAGGCGACUCGAAGCGGCCGCUAAACUUUGUUUAUACGCAGAUUGUGUUUGCUAUGUUGGCGGACAAGCUGAUCUGGGGGGUUGCGCCCGAUGGGUGGAAGUAUCUUGGGGCGGCUUUGAUCGUCUGCAGCGCCAUAUUUGUUGCCUCGACUAAAACGAGCCACCAGUACGCGCUCGUGGCCAGCGAUGCUGGAGAGGAAGAGGACGACUUGGAGCUCGAGAUCAACAAGGAACGCGCGGAAGUAGCGAAAGAUGUAGAGCCUUGA